GUCGCGGCGUAUCGCGAGAAUCUGAUGGAGCGGAGGCUGAAGCCGUGAGGAAGGAGCGCGAUAAAGUGACGGUCUGCGGGUCUGAACAGAGCUGUUAUCGGCCUAAAAAUGUCCUCCUGUCCCCUUCUCUGCCUGCUGGCGCUCGCUUUCCUCCGCAGCCCCGCGUCGGCCGAACAGCGGAGACUCUCUCCAGAAAAUCUGUUGGUGAUCACCGCGGCAACGGAGGAGACGGACGGCUUCCACCGUUUCAUGAGGACGGCCAGAGAGUUCAACUACACUGUGAAGGUGCUGGGUCUGGGGGAGGAGUGGAGAGGGGGAGACGUUGCUCGGACUGUGGGUGGAGGUCAGAAGGUUCGAUGGUUGAAGAAGGAGCUCCUGAAGUUGGAGAGCAACAAGGACAUGGUGGUCAUGUUUGUGGACAGUUACGACGUCAUCUUCGCGUCGGGUCCCAAUGAGCUGCUGUCCAAGUUUUCUCGUCUGGGCCACAGAGUCGUUUUCUCGGCCGAGGGUUUCUGCUGGCCCGACCAGCGACUGGCCUCCAAAUACCCCGAGGUGCAUUCUGGGAAACGCUACCUGAACUCAGGAGGGUUCAUCGGCUUCGCUCCAGAGCUCAGUACCAUCGUCCAGCAGUGGAAAUACAAGGAUAACGACGACGACCAGCUUUUCUACACCAAGAUCUACCUGGACAAGACCCAGAGGACGAAGUUCAACAUGACUCUGGAUCAUCGUUCAAGAAUCUUCCAGAACCUGAACGGAGCCGUUGAUGAAGUCGUGCUGAAGUUUGAGAGGGCAAAGGUCAGAGCCAGGAACGUCGCCUACGACACACUUCCUGUCAUUAUCCACGGCAACGGGCCAACCAAGCUGCAGCUGAACUACCUGGGGAACUACGUCCCCACGGCGUGGACCUUUGAGAGCGGCUGUGGAAUCUGUGACGACGACCUGCUGUUCCUCAGUGACGUACCUGACGAGGAGAUGCCGCUGGUGUACGUCGCCGUCUUCAUCGAACACGCCACUCCCUUCAUGGAGGAGUUCCUGGAACGACUGACGACGCUCAACUACCCGACAACGAGGAUCCGCCUCUUCAUCCACAACAACGUGGUUUAUCACGAGAGGCACAUCCAGAGUUUCUGGGAGCGUCACCGGCCUCUGUUCCCCAACGCCCGGCUGGUUGGACCCGAGGAAAACCUGCAGGAGGACAAGGCCAGAAUGAUGGCAGUUGAGGCCUGUAAGAAGGAUCCAGAGUGUGAUUAUUACUUCAGCAUCGACUCCGACGUGGCCCUGACGAACCCAGACACACUGCGGAUACUCAUCGAGGAAAACAAGUCGGUCAUUGCUCCCAUGCUGUCCAAGCACGGGAAGCUGUGGAGUAACUUCUGGGGCGCUCUGAGUCCUGAAGGUUUCUACUCCAGAUCUGAGGACUACAUCGAGAUCGUCCAGGCCAAGAGGGUUGGGGUGUGGAACGUGCCGUACAUUACCCAGGCCUACCUGAUUAAAGGCAGCGUGCUGCGCUCCAAGCUGUCCCAGGUCAGCCUGUACGUGGACAAGGACGGCGUGGACCCCGACAUGGUCUUCUGCAGGAGCAUCAGAGACCAGGGAGUCUUCAUGUUCGUGUCAAACCGCGACGAGUUUGGCCGUUUGGUGGCGUCCAACAACUUCAACACAUCAAGGCUGCAUCCGGACAUGUGGCAAAUCUUCGACAACCCUGUGGACUGGAAGGAGAAGUACAUCCAUGAGAACUACUCCAAGAUCUUUGAGGAUGAGAAGAGCUUCGUGGAGCAGCCCUGUCCAGAUGUUUACUGGUUCCCGGCGUUCUCCGAUAAGAUGUGUGAUCACAUGGUGGAGACCAUGGAGGACUACGGCCAGUGGUCCGGAGGAUCUCACAAGGACGAGCGUCUGGCCGGAGGCUACGAGAGCGUCCCCACCGUGGACAUCCACAUGAACCAGGUCGGCUUUGAGAAGGAGUGGCUCAAGUUCCUCAAGGAGUACAUCGCCCCCGUUACAGAGAAACUCUACCCCGGCUACUACCCCAAGGCUCAGGCCAUCAUGAACUUUGUGGUGCGGUACCGUCCAGACGAGCAGCCGUCUCUGCGUCCCCACCAUGACUCGUCCACCUUCACCAUCAACAUCGCCCUCAACAGGAAGGGCCUGGACUACGAGGGUGGGGGUUGUCGUUUCCUGCGUUAUGACUGUAAGGUGGAGGCUCCCAGGAAGGGCUGGUCCUUCAUGCAUCCAGGCCGGCUGACCCACUACCACGAAGGCCUCCAGGUCACCAAAGGGACCCGAUACAUCAUGGUGUCCUUCGUAGACCCCUGAACGCACCGCAGUGUGUUUGUGUUUGUGUGUCUGUGUGUGUGUGUGACUGUGUGUGUGUGUUCAGUUCGUCACUGCUGCCUUAACCAGAGACGUCUCCUGAGUCUGAGCAACCAGGCGUCUCAGACACUCCCACUAAACUCUAAAAAUGGCGUCGUCGGACUGUGCAUGCCGGGGGGUUACCGCGGCAACCAGUGGACAUCAGCUGGAUCGGAGUCUGAA